UUCUCGGCAAUCGUCUUGACUAAUUUUUGUGACCAACGAAACAAAAAACAACAAAAAAUAAUUUUUUUCAAAAAAUGGCUGAAAGACAGACCCAAUACAAACAUGCUGGAAAGGAUAGCGAGACGCUUCGUAAAGGCCGUAUUGAGCAAGCCGUGACAAUCCGAAAAGAAAAACGUGAUGAUGUGAUUUCAAAGAGGCGCAAUAUUCCAAUUGAAGAUCCAAAUGCUGACGCCUCAACAAGCGGUGCUGGAGGGGCAGGAAUUCCAUACGAUCGAACCAAUCUACAAGAAAUUGUUGAACAAGCUCAGAGUCCGGACCCGGAGGUUCAAAUGCUGGCUGUAACUCAGGCUCGAAAGCUUCUUUCGUCUGAUCGGAAUCCGCCAAUUGAUGACCUUAUUUCUAGUGGAAUUCUCCCUAUUUUGGUCAAUUGUUUGGAAUCUACUAAUUCGACACUUCAAUUUGAGGCUGCUUGGGCAUUAACUAACAUUGCUAGUGGUACUUCAGAACAAACUAGAGCUGUUGUUCAGGCUGGAGCUGUUCCUCAUUUUUUGAAAUUGUUGGAUUCUCAAAAUAUGAAUGUUUGUGAACAAGCUGUUUGGGCACUUGGAAAUAUUAUUGGUGAUGGACCGCAUUUUAGAGACUAUUGCAUUGAAUUGGGAAUUGUUCAGCCUUUGUUGAAAUUUGUUGCUCCAGAGAUUCCGCUUAACUUUUUGCGUAACGUUACUUGGGUUAUGGUUAAUCUUUGCCGUAGUAAGGAUCCUCCACCUAAUCGUCAAAUUGUUCAAAUGUUAUUGCCUGCACUCGCCAUGUUGAUCCAUCAUCAAGAUACGUCUAUUCUUGUUGACACUGUUUGGGCGCUCUCUUAUUUGACGGAUGGAGGGAAUGAUCAAAUACAACUUGUUAUUGAUUCUGGGGUUGUUCAAUUUCUGGUUCCUUUAUUGGCUACUCCAGAAGUUAAGGUUCAAACGGCUGCUCUUAGGGCUGUUGGAAAUAUUGUGACCGGAACAGAUGAGCAAACUCAGCUUGUACUUGAUUGUGGUGCUCUCCAAUUAAUGCAGCCACUUCUUUCUCAUACAAAGGAUAAGAUCAAUAAGGAGGCUGUUUGGUUCCUUUCCAACAUAACCGCUGGCAAUGAGAGUCAAGUUCAAGCUGUAAUUGAUGCUGGUCUUAUACCGAUGAUCAUUCAUCUUUUGGAUAAAGGAGAUUUCCAAACGCAAAAGGAAGCUGCUUGGGCUGUUUCUAACGUGACAAUUAGUGGACGAGCGGAGCAUGUGCACUAUAUGGUAGAGAAUGGGGUAAUUGUACCAUUUUGCAACCUUCUCGGCGUGCGUGACCCACAAAUUGUUCAAGUAGUUUUGGAUGGGUUAAAUAACAUUUUGAAAAAGUCAUGCGCCCAAACUGAUGAAGUUUGCCAGAAAAUUGAAGAAUGUGGAGGUCUUGACAAAAUUGAACAUCUUCAGAACCAUGAAAGCGAAGAAAUCUAUAAAAUGGCUUAUGAAAUUAUUGACAAUUUCUUUUCGUCUGAAGAAGAGGAUGAAUUGGUUCAGGCUGCAGCAGGUGUUGCGGCAGGUACUGCAGGAAUGGGAGAUGCUGCACAACAGCAACAAGCCCAAUUUCUUUUCCAAUCGACACAACAGAACGUACCGGAUGAAGGGUUUUCAUUCCAAUAAAAAGUAUUAUAUUUAGGUUGAUAUGAAUGAAAAAUAAUUUUGAGAAAAAGUUUUGAGCCUUUUUUGAUAAAUAUUUAAUUUAAUUUUUUUAUUUUUAAAUUUUUUGGAGAAUUUUUAACAAUUUUCCAUUUUUUGGGAUUUUUUUAUGUUCACGGGAAUUAGAAAAUUUUUUAAUUUCGACAUUUUUAGGCCUUUCUCAUUUCUGGAAUUUUCUUUUAUCAGUUUUUUAUUUUAAAUAUGCCUAAAAUUUUCAAAACAAAUUUUUUUCAGUUAGAAAUUACCCAACAAAUUUUCACUAAAUUAAAAAAGUUUCAAAAUUUAUUUUGGUAAAAUUAUUUUUUUGGAAAAAUUUUUAUUUUUUGAUUACAAGGGCUCAAAACUUUUUGUUUGACUUUUAAAAUUCAACAAUUUUUUUAAAAAAUCGCUGAGUGUGUUUGCUAUAUUUUGGUAAUGUUUGAGAGAUAAUUUGUAUUUUUUGAGUAUAUGUCCAGUGAGAG